AUGCGUGGUGGUAACAUCAAGGUGGCGGUGGAAGUGGUGGCGCAACUGAUUGCUCGUAGCUACGACGGUGCGCAGUCCAGAACAGUGACAUGCUUAACGCCACCGGUGACAGUCGCGGUGCCGCCACCACCUCCAUUACAAACGCCAACUUGCAGCACUCGGAUGAAGGCAUUGGGAAACUCGCACGCAAGUGGCCAUACGCGCAGUCGACAAGACGUUGAGGUAAAGGAGGUGAAAGAAUGGAUCUCACGUCUCGCCAUUCUCAUUGCUGGCACCAGCAUUCACACACCCGCAAACCCUAUUCCUCUCUUCAGGGGUCACAAUGAGGCAAGUUGGUGGUGGUGGUGGUGGUGGUGGUGUUGCACUGGGAUAGGAAAACUGACCAUGACAAGGGCAACACGAGGGGAAGAAGGAGGCGAAGGGAAGGAGGAGAGGAAGGCGAAGGAGGAGAUGAAGAAGACGACAGUGGUAGCCACUAACAUGUCACCCACUGAUUAG